CUGUAAAGCAUCCAUGUAGACUCCAGGCUGGUUUGUCCUGCAUGUUCCAAAACUUUUGGAAUACAGCCACGGAAAGGAGUCUACACGGACAGAACUAUGUCAACUGCUGUGUUUAUCAGGAAGAAGAAGGAUGAAGAGGACAUAGUUGUAGUUUCUGGACAGCUGGAGCUCACACCUAGCCAGCCUGUACCUUUUGAGUAUGAGAAACCUCCAGCACGGAGUAAACGAUACACCCCUCCAGACAAUGUAGAGAAUCGAGUGGAAUACCAUUUCAGACACAUUGUUGGAACUUCUCUGCCAAAAGACUGGCUGGAAGUCAAACUUGAAGACCAAGCACAGAAGUUUAUCAUUCUGGCUAACUUAUCCCAUGAGCUUCAGCAUUCUGUUCCCAACUCUAGACUUCACCUUAUGAAGACUCCUCGUGACAUACUUGAUUUCUAUAAGACUCCUGUCAAAGAUACAUCAAAGUUUGAUGACCUGGCCUCACUAGAUCUACCAUCAAAUCUCCGUAUCCGUUGGGGUUAUGAGGAAACUAUUAUGGAAAGUGUGUCUCUUCUGUCUGUCUUUGGCAUUCAUCAUAUUAGGCUUCCAAGGUCACUGUGGCCAGGAUGUGAGAUUCAGUACCCAUCCAUUCAUUUUGAAUGGAUCCUCUCUCUGCACUGUGAGAAUGAAUCAACGUCUGUAGUCAUUGUGUAAUGAAUGUGACUUGGGUCUUGAAAAAAUAUAAAUGAAUUUGGGGUUAGGGAUAAUUUGUUCACUAUUUUUUUUUAUUAAGUAUCUUGAGUUGGUUGACUGUUUAUGCUGCCACUUGUGCCGCCAUAUUACAACAAUGGUUUCUUUUUAAGACUUCAUUUGGUAUUGUCAUUUACAGUUUGGAAACCGUUGUGGAGGAAGAAGCAAGACCCAGCUCUUUUCAGAUUUUCUUUCCUUUUUCAUAGUAUAAGAUCUUUAAAAUUGGUUGAAUGUAUUGAAGUAACUACAUGACUAGCUUUCUUUUUAGCCAUGGUAUCCAGUGUUUUUUUCUUUUCAACUUUUUUUUUUAUAAUGGAAACAGUCAAACAGAUGUACAUGCUUGUACAAUGUUGUCUUCCAUCUCUGAGUGCCCUGCGGUGCCAUUUUGACUUAGGGUCACAACAUGAUGUGAAAUCUCCCUUCAUCGUAGGGAAUGAAACAUGAAGUCUGUAAUAUGUUGUACUGUUGGUAAUCACCUGUUAACCAAUGUUUUGCCUGACCAUAAAGGUCAUCAUAGAUGUUCUUGUCGUUUUGCCACUGUAGUAUAGACUGAUGUUCUCAUGUUCAUAUGAACUCAUUGUUUAGUGACUGAGACCAUGGAAGAAGCGGCCAGGGGAAAAAGGGGAGGGUGAGUACUGGCAACCAUUUCAGGGGAAGGGUUGGACCAUGCCAAGCCACAGAUGUUUGGUCUGCAUGGAAGAAUCAUAGAGGAGGAGUGACCAUGCUAGAAAAUGCAUCUCAUUGUAACCCGGUGUAGUAUGUGUUACAGAAGCAUCCACCUGCAUUGGGCCUAGAGUAACAGACAUGGCGUUGCACUUGCUGGCCUACAUGGGUAUGGCAACAGGAGCAUAAUAGAUGAGGGCUUUAUGGUGAUGGAAAGAGUAGGGGGCCAAAGAUGCAUUAAAAUGUUCUAUUCCUUUGUAGUCCUUACCAUGUGGCAACCUCAUUUUCUUCUUAAAUGAAACUAUAUUUCAUAACCGUUUGCUCAACCACCAUUAUCACUGCCACACAUAUUUUUAUCUUUUGCUCCUCCCAGCAGAUAUUACACUUGUGUUAGUAUUCACAAGAGUCACUUCUUAUUUUUCUUGAUAUCAGGCAGUGAUGCAAUGUUGCCAAAUAAGUUUUUAGGGUAGUGCAGACAGUGUGAAAACAUAAUGUGCUACCUGCAGGUUUAUUUGUAGCUGUUUAUUUGCAGCUGUUUUGGGUAGAAUCUGUGUAUUAUGACUGUAUGUAUCACUUGCUUCUCUUUGACAUCAAAAUCUCACACAUUUUGGCUGUGUUUGUUUUGAAUUCUUUUCUUUCGGCGGAAUACUAGUAUUAAAUUACUGUACAUAAGUCAUGCAUUUCAGACUUUUGUCACUUAACUUUCUUGACUGACUGUUCCUGUAACAUCCAUCCAUCCAUACAGACACACAAUCCAUAAGCAAGAAGACAAUGACUACAACUAUGAAGAUGACGACAAUGAUUAUUAUGAUUAUUUUUGGGGUGUAUCUUUGUUACAAAGAGGGAUGAAAGACUGAGUAUGACUUAGACAACCCUUGUUUGACUAGAGGCUCGGUCUCUAGAAUAGUCAGACUGGGGAGAAUGUAAGGGAGUGGCUUACAACAGAUUGCCCAACUUUGGGGAAGGAAAAUGGUGGUCCCUGUUGGGCAAACUGCUCUCACAAAAACGGAGAGUUACACAGUAACAUUGGUUGCAUGCCUUGAAGAUAUGGCUUGGUGUUCAAGUCAAGGAGGGUAGCACUUGCAGUUCUGUGCAAGACCACAUGUAUGCCCAGGGAAUAUAUAGAGUGUCCUUUUAGUGAUGUGGUUGCUCCUGUCAGCCACUGGAAUGUUGGGAAUAAGGGGCCAAACCACAAAACCUCUGAUGGUUGUUUGUAUGAUGGCUUCCGAAAGAGGAGUGCUGAUUGUAGGCAGACAACAGAGGAGAAACACAAUUUAAAAAAAAAGGCACCCCCCCUUAAAAUACAGUAUGCUUGGAUGGCAGUACUUGACACACAAGAUAUAUACCUGCCUGUUCCUUAGUAUCCUACCUUAAGUGAAAUUAAAGAUCUGGAGUUUAGUUCAGCUUAAUUAUUUUAUCCAUGCACACUUUUGUUUUGAGCCACAUGGCCCAGUUUGGGGGAUAGUCUUGCUGUAAUGUCUUUGCAUCGUCACCCAAUGUCAGAAGCAGAAACUUUUUCCUCGCUCAGCAGGAUGUUCCUGGGAUGCUGUCAUCUAGAAGUGAUCCCCUGGUCUCAUGUACACUUUCCCCAUUUCAAAUUAUUCCCAAAAUUUUUGGAAAAGGCCAGGCUACAAAAGGCCAAAGCUACUCUAAAAGUUCCUUUUUGGUCCUGACAGGUGUGGUUCUCUUGCUAUGUCCUCAUAUUCUGGGCAGGCCUGUAUAUCUCUGGUCAGCCAUGUUUUAGGCCUAAUUGCAUGGUUUCUGCACUUCCUGCUUCGGCCAAGGACCCUUACUCAUUUUGGUCCAAAUUCUCACCUCUGCUUACAGAUAAAUGUUUUUUGUGGCCUUGUGAAAGUAAGUCAACUCUCUUAGGGCAUACAUCUUUCAAUGAGUUCUUAGGCAUUUGGGCUGAAUGCUUUCUUCACCUUUUGGAUCUGGGGUUUAAAGUAUGCUUUUCCACUUCUUCAGUGAAAUAUGAAUAAAUACUGGCACUAUGACAAAUAAAUGCAGCAUGGUAGCUCAGUGGGUUAAAAUUUCUUGCCUCACGGCCUCAGGGUUUGAGGUUUAAUCCUGGAUUUUAGUUAUUGUCUACAUGUAGCUUGCAUUUUCUGUGUGAUCUUUAGUUUCCUUAUACCCCACCAAAAGUAUAUAUUUUUUGUCAUUUUUUUUUUACAUUGUAAGUAUAUAUUGCAUUUACUGUUAUCCUUUUGACUGGAGUCAUGGUUGAAAAAGAGUCGAUGACCAGUUCAGUUAUGAAUAAAGUAAAAACAAAUGAAUACACUAAACUAAAAUAACACACAGAAGAUGGGAGGACUGUUGUGGUUCACGUCUCUGUUAGAGUUUUCCUGUCAUGCGUCAAUACAUGCUCCCUGUCUUUUUAAAUUUUCUAUUGUGAGAGUAGCUUAUAGCCAAGCUUCAACUCUCAAUCUUACUGCUUUUUCUGCAUGCAGAACAGAUUCCAAAAUGUUUGCCUUUAAUUCAAAUAUUCCAGCAGCCUGAGUUUGGAAUUAAACUGUUUAGUUGCCGAAA